AUGUCUUCCGACGACGCUCACAGAGGAGGCGCCCUGACCGAGAUGGCCGAACACGGCACCUCCAUCCCCAACGACGCAGGCCUCCAAAACACUCUCCCCUCCGUGCUGCGCCCCGACCAGCUCAGCGAAAGCGGCCAGUUCGAUAACCACGGCCUCGCGGAGCCCUCGCUGGCUUUUGCCGCCGACAACGCCACUGAUCUGCCCCGGAGCACCAAGGAGAUGGGCGCAAGCGGGGAGGUCGUCACGGGGACUGGCGACGCGUUUCCUGUCUCCGGGGAGACGAAAAGGAUUAACCCUGGCGCGAUGGAUCCCGGUGCGCGCGGAAAUGCGCGGACGAUCAAGCAUGCGAACCUCAACCGGAGUAAGUUCGAUCGGUCUGCGAGAGAGGAUGGGAAUGCGCCUGAGUUCAUUGGGGAGCAUGAGUUCCGGAAUCGGACGGAGUGA